AAGACCCAGGGGGCAUGUCAGUCGGCCAGAGGCCCGCCGAGGACGCGGGCGCCGGCUUGCCGAAGCCGUCGUCCAGCAGCGCGCGGUAUGACCGCAUCUUGUCUGGCCUUGCCACCGGCGCGCUCGCGGAUAUAGAGCCUGACAAGAUCAAGGGCGACAUCCGGCGAUGGGCCAAGGCGGUCGGGGCGCUGGUGCGCCAGCUGAGCUUCGGCGCCUGGCCUGAGAAGAGCGACGGCUCGUCGGAGCACCAGAACGCGGGCGGCGAAAGAUGUUUCGGCUUGGACUGGACAGCUGAUGGCAUUUCACAGCCAUCAAUCCAGGAACGACACUGAUAUGACUGGUAACCAUCUACAGGCGACGGCCGAGAAGAUGCUGCUGAAGAUUUCAUUAAUUCAUUCAUUAGUUCGUUGUAUGUACUCUGAUCUAUGUCUCUCCAAUAGUUCCAUUCUUAACAAAUACGUAGAAUAAAAUUUGGGCAGCAAAUAUGAUACUCCCUUUGUUCCAAAAUAAGUGUCGCCGAUUUAGUACAAAACGGAGGGAGUAGUACCUGUGAAUAACAAUAAACAGCAGCAAGCACAGUUUUUUUUUC